AUGUCGUCCUUUAUAAACAGUGGCGGAACAAAGCGAAAACGUCGGCAAUUACCUCCUAUCACACGUGAAGCAGCAGAAGCCAGAGAAACCGAAUACAAUCAAUCUCAGCAUCAUCCGCCAGUUGUGCAACCAACGGCUAAGCGGUACCGUCACGCGGCCAAACUGUGGAAAGAGUUUCUUGAAGAUUAUAUACACGAUGACAGGCCUUCUUUGCAACGGCACGAGGACGUCCCGUCGGCUGGGCGCUUGAAACAUUUCAUGGAAUGGACAUUUGAUUCAUCUAUUGGCGUACUUACAGAACGCAUCACAUUAAAGACUCUUAAAAACAUGUGGUUUUGUUUUCGGUCUAUGUACAGGAGAGAAACUGACAACGUUAUCCCGGAAGACGUAGGGACUGAUGUACUUUGCUUCAUCAAGACAGAGCUCAGGGAGAAAGGUCUUGCGAAAGUCCAACGACGGAAAGCUAUAGCCGAUGCACUAGACGUUGGCUGGUUGCUGACAGGCUUAUGGUGCCACUACCCAGACAAAUUUCCCCAUCCCCGGUAUAUGGUACAGCUUAGCUUCUUUUUGCUCUUGAUAGUAUAUACCGGAGCUAGGCCUGGUACCAUCAUCGAAUCAUCAGCUUACCGCGGAAGCAACCAAGCAAUGUGUUAUAAAGAUUUCGAAUUGAUUGGUCUCCCAACUGGACCAGGAAAUACGCUUGAACUUAUUCUAAAGGUCAGAUUUCGUUACGAGAAAGGGAAUCGAGAUCAGGGAGGAAACGACUGUAAGGAUUACAAAUGGGUAGCAUUCCGUGAAGACCGCACUUGCCGUGGGAGGUGUCCUGUUACUCAUUUUAUCAGUCUAGCGUUAGCUGAUAACGUUUUCGACGACCUAAGAAGUCCAGCCCAGGUGAAGUACCUCAAAUCUCCAGGUCUUGAUCAGUGCCUACCCUUCAGAUAUAAAAAGUCUAAGCUGGAUUUGCUGGUCUUGCGGCAUUGCAAUAGGAGUGGUGCAAUUUCUCUAGAUCAGGCAAUGAAUUACAAGGAGACAGCAAGAAUUCUUGCGGACUUGGGAAUAUGGCUAGGGCUUCGAGAUAUUUUAAAACCGUACAAUCUCCGCCGAGGAGCCGCCAACAAAUUUGAGGGUGAAACUGAGAUCAGCGCAAAUCAGUACGCUCAACUCCUAGGUCAUAGUGUCAAGAUGAUGGGAGAGAGCUACAUAUCGAAUAUAUCGGCUGUUGAUGUCCAAGGGAUCAUAAACGACGAAUCGCUUCGACAGGACCAUAUUCAAAAACUUCGAAGUAUGAGACUGCAUCUAAACCCAAAUGCCCCUAUUCACCUCCCCUUCUUGGAAUGUGAGGCUGUUUUGGACAAUCCGGAGCUUAUAAAACUUGAUGCUCAUCUCAAGAGUCUCGAAAAGCGACGAGUAGAAGGUGAUAGUAGCGAGCUUCGUCAAGAACAUACUCAGGCAAUAUGGAAACGAAAACAUUACUUUGAACAACUCUACUAUAAAGCUCGCAUGCAAUUUCGAGAUAACUCAUUUGACCUCGCCGACUCGAACAGAUUGCGGAAGAUGAUCCAGGACGGCGAAAACGGAAUAUCCGCCAAUAAAGACGACAAAAAGCCGCUCGAAGUUCCUCGUCCCAAGUUUAUAUCAUCCGCCCAUUUUCCUGAUCGCUUUACGGUCGCUAAUAGCUUCUGGAGACAAACUCCUCGUCACGAUUCUAUUCCAGACACGAGCCUUAUUCAGAGUCUUUACAAUCUCUGCGUUCCAGAAGAAUAUAUCUCUUACUACCAAGGAGAAGCACCGGUCGAAGGUCACUGCCCAAUUUGUAACCAGAAAAUGGCAGACAUUUCUAGCAGCCAGCAAACAGGCCAUAUACACGACUGCUUCGGUCGCAUACAUGAAGAGAAAGCAAGGGUGGCAUUCUUGCUUACGCGUCUUCAGCUUUGCAAAUGGGGGAAAUGCAAGACUGAAUUCGUCCAAAAAUCUAACCACCUUCCAAAAGACUUCGCUAGUAAUAUAUCCGAUGCUAAACAGCGGCGAAAUCUUAGGGCUAAGGAGUCGAGGCGCUUAAACGAUCUGAGGCGCAAUGAAGGGCUUGACGUUAGUCAUAAUCAGGCAGUUCAAUCACGGAAGACGAUAUCGAAUCACCUUAAACAACAUCUGGCGAAAGAUCCAACUGUUUGUCUUUGGGACAAAUGCAGUCUCCAGUGCGCUUCCCAGCAAGAUCUUAAGCGUCACCUGUGGAAGUCACAUGGAGUCACCCUAAAGCAGGCCUAUUUUAAGCCGAAGUUCUGCUUCGAGCACCCUGAUAGUGGUUGGUUUACUGAUGAAUUCGACUGGGAAGACCAUUGCGAGAUUCACAUGCAGACUCCCCGCCGCAGUCUUAAUCUCGCACGGUCUUAUCACAUGUUUACAGCUGGUCUACAGUGCCCUUUCUGUCUGGAUACUAAGGCGUUAUUCUCGAAGCGAUUCACUCAAUUCACGAAUAGAGGGACAUUUAACGUUCAUGUAGACGCCCAUAAGAAGGCUCUUUGCGACCAUCUGCUAAAGUGUCCUGUUCAGCCGUGCACAGAAGACUUAUUUCCAAGCUAUUUCAAGUUGCAAAUCCAUCUCUUCGACGUUCAUGAUCACAAGUUAAAGGGAUUCACGCGUAGUCGUGGAUUUCAACAGGACAACAUCAAGCCCUGUCCACAGCCCGACCAUUUGCAAGAGCAAGAUGAUGCGGAACACAACGCCGACAAGAUCGAAGAUAUGUUCAGAGAGGAGUUCGGUGACUGGGUACCUAAUUUGGAAAAUGAGAGCGAAGACGAGGAAAAUGAUUGGGCGGAUGAAAGUGAGAAUAGAUCAGAAGGUGGAAUAGAGGAUGGCAUUUUAUUUUUGAAGGAUCAAAGCAAGCGGAAGUUGUUAGAUGCUCAUUUAUGUAAACGUCAGAAAUACUAA